AUGGCGAGUGACAGACUAAGUACAGGAAAAACAAAUGCACGAGGCAUUCCUCAGGCAGUAUUCAUCAAGAAAAUUGAGGAGUUCAUCAACCCCAAGACCUGUACAGAUGAUGACGUUAGCAAUUUUCUAAAGGAAUUGCAGAUGAGAAUGGAACAGUACAGAUUCAUGGAAGAGAAUAAGAGGACUACACUAGACAAUUUAAACACAAAAAUUCCCGAUAUUAAGAAGACACUAGAUAUUUGCAAGUACUUAAAGUUGAAGCAGGAAAGUGGAGAGACUGAUGGAGAAGAAGAAGAAGAUGAAAAUAUAGAGGUGAACUACCAGUUAAAUGAUACCGUAUAUUCAAAAGCUGUGAUAGAUACCAAGGAUAUAGGAUCAGUGAGACUCUGGCUAGGUGCCAACAUUAUGGUGGAAUAUCCAGUAGAUGAGGCCAUUCAGAUGCUUACUGAGAGACUUAAGGUUACAGGGAAGAAUAAGGACAAUACGCUUGAAGACAUUGACUACCUCAGAUCCAACAUAACAACGAUGGAAGUUAACACUGCUCGUGUCUACAACUGGGAUGUCCAGCGGAGACGUACGCAGAAAGCAGACGCUUGA